AGCCUCUCACGGAACGGAAGAAUAUACUGCGCACGUGCGGACGGGAUUGCGAGGCCCUUUACACUGUUGCAGGGCGGCUUCUUGUUGUCUCUGCACCUAGCAGCCAGAGGAUUCGUCAGCAGCGGUUGCAGCAUGCCAGACCUGACGGGAAAGGUGGCCUUGAUCACGGGCGCGUCCUCAGGCAUCGGUGAAGGCACCGCUCUUCAUUUCGCCUCUCUGGGAUGCUGGCUUUCUCUGGUGGCGAGGAACGAGGCAGCCCUGCAGAGGGUCGCCGACGCCUGCCGAGCGCGAGGAGCCCCUCCAGACAAGGUACUCGUGGCGCCCGGAGACGUGUCGGUUGAAGAGAGCGUUGCAACUGUGGUGGAAAAGACGGUGAAGCACUUCGCGAGAAUAGACAUCCUCGUCAACAACGCUGGCAUUCCUAUGAGAGGAGGCGUGGAUACCGCGUGUCUUGAUGACUUUGAUCGAGCGUGGGACACCAACCUUCGAGGGCCACUCUUCAUGAUUCGGAAAACUAUUCCCUACCUCCGCCAAAGCAGAGGCAACAUCGUGAACGUCUCGAGCGUCGCUUCGCUGGCUGUGGUGUACAACAUGGCCCCUUACAGUGUGACUAAAGCGGCACUGGAUCAGAUCACGCGAUGCGCAGCGCUUGAGAACGCUCCACACGGAGUGCGAGUAAACGCCGUCAACCCUGCCAUCAUUCAGACGAACAUAGGGAGGAAAUCCUACGUUACUCAAGAGCAGCACAAGCAGUUGCUCGAAAGGGUGGGCCGAAGUGCACAUCCUUUGGGACGUGUUGGGACCCCGGAGGACGUGGCUCGAUGCAUUGCUUUCCUGGCCUCGGACGACGCGGCCUUCGUCACAGGAAUCACGAUGCCCGUCGACGGAGGAAUGCUGCUCACAUCCAGCCUUUCGGGAUCGGAACAGUGGGAGGUUCUCCAUGGCACUCUCGAAUGGCAUAAGCGGUGACAUAGAGAAAGAAUAAAAGCUUGCUGGUUCGGGCUGAUCAAGUCUGUGAAGCUGGGUUGUCAACAUCUCCGCCCGUACGAACCUCACGACACGAAACAGACACUUUAGCUAAUGGCAGGCAAGUACAGCGUGACCAGACGGAGACCGACCAGCGAGCGAGACAGGACGGUCGACCUCGUUCUUUAGAUCUGUCUGCUUCAACUGCACGCACUUGCAAUAUCACACAAACUAUUCCCAAGACCGAGGGUAAGGUGAACAUAGGAGCCUGGUUUUGUAGAUAGAACCAUAUGAAGCGAACAGAUAAUAAAGUCAAGAGAAGCCAUAGGGGAAAUUAUUUGUAGUUUUUAAUUGAAGUAUAGAAAUGAUAAGUUAAAUGUAAAUGAAAGUGGACGAAGAAACUACGUGCCACCAGUGGGAUCCAAAUCCACAACCUCGGCAUUACGCGUGCGUUGCACUACAAAUUGUGCUACGGCGGCAGCUGUUCCCCAAUCCGUAUUCUUGAGUAUUUAUGUAUGCGUAGAUGAUAAAACCAGGAAGUGUAAGCGAGCGACACUCCAGGCCAUGGGGGCGUUUGUGGAACAUCCUUUUGACCGAUGGCGUCAUGUACCACGUGAACAUUAUGAGCAGGCAGCUGACCAAGAAACCCUCGU